AUGGCUAGCUGCGCCGGCCUGCAGAGCCGCUUCCCCGCAUCCGGACCCCGCGCGGUGAAGGCGGGCCCGGAGUGUAGCGACGCCGUCAUCCCGGGGAUCCUGGGGCUUCGGGCCUCACCUGAGUCGACUCUGUCCAUUCUGCAAAUUCCCAUUUUCCCCCAAGAGGGGAGUACCAGAGAUCAGGAAAUGGAAGCUACACUUCUUACUGCAUGGUCCCAGAUGCCAGUGACUUUUGAGGAUGUGGCUGUAUACCUUUCAAGGGAGGAGUGGAGGCAGCUGGACCCUGCUCAGAGGGACUUCUACAGGGAUGUCACGCAGGAGAAAAAUGGCCUGGCCUUAGAAGCUGUCAAGAUUGGAAAAAUAGGAUUUAUUCCUCCAUUGGAAGCUGCUGGUGAUGCAAAGAUGCUUGCAACUGGAUUGGGAAAAGUCCAUGGAGAUGUCCCAAAAAGCAUGGAGCAAGAAGACAAUACCAGAGAAAACUCAAGGGAAAGUUGGCAGCUCAGCCUCCUGGAAAAGAGCCAGAAGAACCUGGUCCUACCUGAUAAAGACCUUAAAAAACCCCUAGACAUUCUUCAGAAUCCCUGCAUCCCUGAGAAAUGUUUCCAAGACAGCAGUGAGGAAGGUCCAGACCCAGGAAGGGACAGACUUGGACCAGAACUUGAGCUUGUGGCCCCCCAGCUUACCCUUCCUCCCAAAAAAUCUUACACAUGUCAAGAGUGUGGGAAGGGUUUCAGCUGGCAUUCUCACCUUGUGACUCACCAGCGUAUUCACACAGGUGAGAAGCCCUAUACAUGUACAGACUGUGGUAAGUGCUUCAGUCGAAGUUCCCACCUCAUCCAGCACCAGAUCAUCCACACUGGUGAGAAGCCCUUUACUUGCCCUGUCUGCUGGAAAAGCUUUAGUCAUCACUCCACACUGAUACAGCACCAGCGCAUCCAUACUGGUGAGAAGCCUUAUGUGUGUGACUGGUGUGCCAAAUGCUUCACCCGUCGUUCAGACUUGGUGACCCACCAGGGUACCCACACAGGUGCCAAGCCUCACAGAUGCCCAGAAUGCAACAAAUGUUUCACUCAGAGUUCAGCUCUUGUCACCCACCAACGUACCCACACAGGGGUCAAGCCCUACCCCUGUGCUGAGUGUGGCAAACACUUCAGCCAGCGCUCCAACCUCAUUGCUCACCAGCGUACCCACACGGGUGAGAAGCCCUACUCUUGUAGUGACUGUGGCAAGAACUUCAGCCAUAGCUCCCAUCUCACUGCUCACCAGCGAACUCAUCGUGGUGUCCGACCCUACCCUUGUCCCCUGUGUGGUAAGAACUUCAGCCGUCGUUCUAACCUUCUUCGUCAUCAGAAAAUUCACACUGGCCCCAAAGCCCUGGCUGUGCUGAUGUUGGGGGCAGCAGGGACUCUGACCAGCCCCCACCCUCCUCCUAUCUAAAAGGCCAGGGGAUGAGGAUAUGAAAUCCAAAGAAAGUGCUGCUGAGCCUAUCCUCAAGAUAGGCUUAAUCCCAGGACCAGAGACACUGAGAGAGAAGACAGAUGAAAAAGAAGACAAGGAAUAGAAGUCAGAAAGGGAGAGGGAGUAUAUUAUGCAAAGAAGUUUGGGAGUUGACUGGGGCACUGUUGGGCCUUGAAAUGUGGAAGGAGGUAGGGACUUCAAAGAGCAGGCACUUCUUCUAAUUAAAGGUCUUUGAAACCAGUUAAUAGUCUAUAGCUCCAAUGGGGACCCAAUCCACUGUUAAACCUAAGAAAAAAAAGGACCCACUUUUGUGCUGACAUUGCACUGAGCUGACCUGA